AUAUCAAACUUCUUAUAAUUAUGAUUUAUUUCUCUAACAAUAGUAAUAAUGAUCAUUCCAUAGUGGAAAAUUUUAGAAAUAUGAGAACAUUUAUGAGAUUUAUCUAUUACACUUGGAACUAAUUAAAACAUGCCUGAAAGUCAAAUGCAUCCAGCAUUUUACGCUUCACGUAGACAGUUAUGGGCCACCUUAUCAACGAAUAAAGUAUCAUGUUUUUGGCGAUUUAUACAAAAUAUUGGCAUAGGUUCCAAUUGUACAUCAUUAGGUAAUGUUUGGUAUGUAGUCUUUACUACAUCAAGUAUUGCAUGGCUCUUAGUACGAGCUAUAUGGAGAUAUAAAGAUUUUAAAGCUCAAGCAUAUAAUCCACGCUUUGGAAAUAAUUGGGAUGAGAAUAAUACACUAUACUUCCAAUUGGGUUCAAUAAUUUGUAGUCUAUGCUUAUCACCUUUAUUAAUAUAUUCUGCUUUAUGUCGAGUUGGUCAUUCAGCGAAUGAUUCCGUUAUUCUUGGUAAAGAUAUUCUACACUUACAAAAUUUACUAUUAUCCUUUCCUGCUUUACAAAAAUUCACUACAGCGUAUUCUUCAAAUGUCUAUGGAAAUACAUCUAAUCGUUACAAUAAUAAUAAUAAUAAUAGUACUACAAUUCCUAAUGGUAGUGCUGGUGUCAACGGAGUUACACGUCCACGUGAACAUUCAUCAUUUGAAGAGGAGACAUUAGAUCCAUUCAUCUUAAAACGUCGUGGUGAAGAUUUUUAUGAACAAUUAUCAAGUCAUUUUAGACCAUUUUCCUCUAUACUAUAUGUACUUAUUACUUACUUGUUUCUCUUGCCUAUAUGUAUUAUGGAAGCUGAACAGAUCAAAAAUGAAGCUAUCGAUCCACGCUAUGUAUUUCACUCAAACGUUGACAGAUUAUUCGGUCAGUCUGCAGCUGAAAAGUAUACAGCAUAUUACACACAACACCUCGGUAUUAAAAUUAAUCAAGAAAUUAACGGAUUACUGACUAGUGAUGUCAAGUCAGUUUAUGAGAAUGAACGACCAUUUCCAAGUCAUAUUUAUCCAUCUAUUCCAUCUGAAAUCAGUGUUGAAUACAUCUGUUUCAUAAUUAGUUUAUUUAUGCUAACUAUACAAUAUGCAGCACCAUUUUAUUUUACAAGUCGUAUCUUUUGUUUACUAUUCUCUAUGUAUAUAGCACUGACAAGUGUUUUCUUACUAAUAGAUGUUGAAACAAUAUCAAUAUUUUAUAAACUGUAUUACGUUGGUGUACGUGAUCCUGGAGGAUCAAUUGUAAUACAAAUUGAUUCUGAUCAAAGAUACAUAUCACCAUGGUAUUGUGUCAUUUUGAGUGCAGCUGGUUUGCCAGCAAUAAUUAUUUGUCUUAUGGCUAUUUAUGCUUACGGUGAAGCGAAAUUUAAAGAAGCAGUAACUAAUUAUGCUCAACUGUUAAUUUCUGGAGAAAUCCCGUCAAUAAAUAAAAAUAAUCGAAUGACUUCAAAUAAAACAACCGACUAUGAUACAGCCAAUAAUAAUAAUCCUGACUCUAUUGGUACAAUUGAAACAAUGGUUGGUGAACCAACUGGCAUGGAACCACCUUAUCAAGAUGCUAUUGUAAAUCUUCCUAUCACACUUGCAGUGACAACAAAACUUUGGCGACCGCCUCCAUCAAGUCGAAGAAAUGGUCAAACCGUUAAGCGAUCUAAUACUCCUCUUCCGGGCAGUCAGUCUCAGAAUAACAUUAGUGAAAUGUCAACCUCAUUAAAACGUAAUCGUGGAAUCCCACUUUCAACAAGUACAGAACUAACUAACUCUAUUCAUACGCUAAAUGAAACAAAUAAUUCUUCAACAAAAUCACCUCUACCAAGAUGGUCACGCAUAGGAUUGAGUAUUGUGGCAACUGUAACGUUUGUUUGGCUCUUAAUUAUUCGUAUUUGUUUAAUGAGUUCAAUCCUUAAAUGUUACUGGAAAACAGGCCUUGAAAUCGCUUUGACGGAUACUAUACUUUCAGUGCUGUAUUUGAUAUGUUGGCUUAUUCUAUGGUUUGGUUUAAGUGUUAAGACUGCCUGGCGGUUUCGUUUACUGCAUACAAGUAAUUACAUUGGUGUCAAUGGAAGCAAAGAUUGUUGCCUGCAAAAAGAUAUAUUUCCUAAUGAAUGUGAUAAUCAAGGAUUUGGUGCUUCAUCACUUCAUCCGACUAUGCAUAUGAAUAUAAACGGCGCCUAUCCAAAUUUAUGGCCAUAUGUCUCUUAUCCACCAUGGAUUACUUCUGGUACAAUGAUUACUGCAGGUUUACCUGUCGGCACCAAUGGUGAUGUCCAACAUGUGAACAAUCAAGUUAAUGGCUUGACAGUCGGUGGAGGUAGUGCAGGUGAUUCUCUUUAUGGAUGUUUUCCCGAUCUUACUAAUCAAGUACAAAAUCAAUCAGUUGAUGCGCCGAAUCAGUAUCAUCCUCAUUCGCGUUGUAUUUCUUUACCAUCUGGGCCACCGACUUUAUCUGAAGAGUCAGAUACUACGACAAAUCAACCAGAUCGUAAUGAGUGUAACAAUAGUAGCAAGUAUUUCAGACCAGUUGCAACACCCAGUCUAGGUGGGUCAACUUAUCUAAAUGAAAACCAAGGUACAAUCGCAGAAGUACACCAGCCGUAUACACCAUCACAAAUGAAUCUACCACGGAGUAGAACAACUCAGGAAAUUUCAUUCUGUGAUGCUUAUGAACAGUUUGCAGGACAAAAUUCUAGUCGGAGUAGAGGAACUAAUGUCAAUUCUUCUGUUAUGAAUAAUCAGAGACAUGGAAUAUCACCAAUGGUGCCUGAACCAACUUAUGCUACUUUGGCAAAUUUAUCCAGACCAUCAGCGCAAAAUACUGCUUUCAGACCGAACUCUGUAACACCUUUAGAUUCACAUAACAGGGAUAAAACAUCGCCAACAAAUAUCUCUCGUAAUGUAUCAUAUCGUCGUCCAUGUACCCGAGUUACAUUUCAAGAUAUUGAUAAUAAUUUUUCUGGUUCAAGAAUUAUCAUCAAUGAUGGAGCGACAGGUAGUAGUGACAGUGGUGUAUGUACCAAUGGACAUGGUUCAAGUAUUCAACAGGGUGGUAAUCAUUUAGAGAAACAACAUCAAAAAGGUAAAAUAAAACCAGAAUUAUUUAAUAUGUUUGAAACAAAUAUUUAUCAAAAAUCAGUUGGACAAAGUGGUUUCGAUAGAAAUUAUUCAGUACAUAUGAAAGAUGCUAACUUACUGAACAAUAAUAAUAAUAACAAUAACAUUACUCAUGCCGAUAAUGAUGUAGAAAUGUCCACUGAUAUGACGAGUUUUGCCAUAAAACUUAAUCAACUUAAACCAGAUGAAUGCAUUUCAUAUAUGAAUCAUCAUGAAACUGGUGACAAUCUACAAAGACAUACCCGUCAAUCUCAUCACAAUGAUCCCGAUGAUCGUUUAUGCAGUCAAGUUUAAUUUAUAUUUUCAUUAGAAAAACAAUAUUCUCAACGUUACGGCAGUGCAGGCCAUAAUUCUUGAAGAAUAUUGAUUCAUAUCUCCACAAGAAAUUUAGGUGUACAUUCUUAGAUAUCACACAACACAUUUGAUUCUCAUUUUGUACAAAUUACACCACGUGAUAUAUGUCUGUGUAAGUGAAUGUCUUACUUUGUUAUGUUUUGUUGUUGUUGUAAAACACAGUAUUCCUCUUUACUUCAUCGACCUCAAUUCCUUUCAUACGUACACAUUCAAUGAACAGUGUAGACACCAGUAAUGAAAAAAAAUACCUUGUGAAUAAUGAUGUUAUCGAAACCAGUCCAUUAAGGAGCAUUUGAAGGGACCUUACAUAUAUGCAACAAAUAUAUAUAUAUAAAUGUUUGUUGUGAUGAUCCAUUCAAGAUUUGGUAACAGUACAUUUAGUGUUGUAUCUUAAAUCUGAACCAAGAUUAUAUGAAAAACAAUGAUUUAUCUUCUUCUUUUCAAUGUCUCGAAGUGUUACGAUCUUUUAUCCUUUAUAUCAUAUAAUGCUUACUUAGGUGUAUGUAUGAAUGCGUGUUGUCUUCUGUCUCAUAUCAAACACUGUACAUAUUAAAAUACAUUACUCAUUAAUC